CGUGCGUACUCGCGCUUCCCCUUCCUGGCCUCUGGCUGUAAGGCGGGUCGCGUCGUCGCCACUACUCUACUGUCAGACUGAUCUGCGCAUGCGCCCAAAUCCCUGCCCUUCCCAGCGGCAGGCGGAGGGCGACACCUCCAGGUAAAAGUGAGGCGUUGCAGGAGGCGGACUCAGCCCAGGGCGAGCGGCGCGAGAGCAGUCAAGGUUCCUGUCCACCUUGAGGCGGCUAGGAUGGCUGAGGAGUCGGUGCGCGGUCGAGUCGAAUCCGAGGCUGGUUUUGAGGCAGUGAAGCCUGAAGAAUCUAAGGUGUCUUCGCCGAAGACUGCCGAGGUUGUCGCAACGUCAUCGAAGGCGGAGGACUACAGUAGCAAGUGCGUGUUCUGCCGGAUCGCGGCGAAGCAGGAACCCGGCACCGAGCUCCUGUACUGCGAGAAUGAAGACCUAGUUUGCUUCAAAGAUAUCAGACCAGCAGCACCUCAUCAUUAUCUUGUGGUGCCAAAGAAGCAUCUUGGAAACUGUAGAGAGCUAAAGAAAGAUCAUAUAGAACUGGUUGAGAGCAUGGUGACUGUUGGAAAAACUAUUCUUGAAAGGAAUAAUUUCACUGACUUCAAAAAUGCGAGAAUGGGUUUCCACAUGCCGCCAUUUUGUUCCAUCUCCCACUUGCACCUUCAUGUGCUGGCACCUGUUGAUCAACUUGGCUUCUUAUCAAAAUUGGUUUAUAGAGUGAAUUCCUAUUGGUUUAUCACAGCUGACUGUUUGAUAGAAAAACUAAGAAUAUGAAAAUGUCAACAGUGGAAGAUUUUCCUAAUCUUGGCUCAACAUAAACUAAUAUUUUCAUUCUUUUGAAGUCUAAUUACAAUUGUAAGGUUCAUUGGGUUUUAUGAGAGGUUAUUACUGGCUAGCCUUACAUCUUUUCUGAAUGUCUGUUUCCUGAGAUAUGUGAUACAAUUCCAUGGAUACUUUGUCAUUGACUUCUUUAUUUUAAUGGUUACUUGUUUAAGGUAUAAAAUACUAUAGAUAAAAUCCCAUUAAAACAAAUCUCGUUAAUCAGGAAGGGCUAUUUUUUCAAAAAGCUUAAAUAUUUUCAUUUCUUAGUAGUCUAUUACAAUAAAUAAUAAAUAAAUAAAUAUUUAUUUAUGAAGAAUAAACUGGUAUGGAAAGUACUUUAUUGGAGCCUUUAUUACUAUGAAGGGAGACAGAAAUUAACUAUUUCUUGACAGUUAUAUAAGUUUACAUACAAAAUUUCAAAAUGAAAAGUACCAUACUACAUAGCGACUUAUGUUCUUGUUGAUUGAAAGAAUCGUUUUGUGUCACUUUUUACUCAGAUUUCAGAUGCUGGUUUUCACUAACAUUUUUGUGAUAAAUUGUUUCUGAAAGCUGUAAAAUAUACAUAAAGUAAAUUCUAAUGGAUUUAUAAGAACAAUUUGGCUAUCCAAGAGAAUUCACUGUAAUGGCAUUUUACCUGCAAGAAUAUAAAUGGGGAAGAAACAUAAAACGGUUAUCAUAAUAUUACAUACUGGUGGAAAUUGUUUUAUGAUUUAUUGUACCAAAGGAAAAGUAGAAUUAAAAAGUUUUAGGCCUGGAUUUUAUCAUGAAGAAAUCCUGAUUUGAAAGUAGGAACAGAUAAGCUUGGAUGAGAAAAUUUAAUGUUAGCAUUACUGAUACAUCAUUUUGUGAGACAUAUUUCUUUAAGGAUUGUGCUUAUCUACACUAAUAGUGAAUGUGAAUAAAGAAUAAGGUACUGAAAGCUGAUCCUGCAUUGUGUCAAUGUAUAGUAACACCAUGUGUAUGAAUAUAGAGGAACACAAGGAUUGAAGUAUUGAUGUUAGAAGUAGGCUGAGAUGAUUAGGUUUUGUUCUUAUUUUUGGCAUUAUAUUAAACAUAGUUUUAAGUAAUGAAAUACUUAUUACAAUGUUUAAUUAAAUAUCUGGGAUAUUUAGUUAAAACAUCUGAAAUAAAUAUUUAUCCAUUUAACAAACAUUUGCUGAAUAUUUAACAUGCAAUGAUCAGGAAAUAUAGGUGAGAAAGGAUAGUCUGCCUUCUCAUGCUAAUACAAGGGUCAGACAAAACCAGUGAUUACAGCUAUAAUCACAAAACCAGUGAUUAGCUGCUGUAAUGUUCACAGAAGAGACUGUGGAAAGGACAUAGUUUUGAGAGCAGGUGGCAGUGGGACUGAAUAUUUAAGACUCAGUGUUUGUCAAGUAGACAGUGGAAGUUCAGGCCACAUGUACUUUCCUGAGUUCUGCUUCCAUUAUUAUUUACUGUACAGUUGAAAUGAAUGUUCAUGGGGCGCCUGGGUGGCUCAGUGCGUUAAGCCUCUGCCUUCAGCUCAGGUCAUGAUCUCAGGGUCCUGGGAUCAAGCCCCCCAUUGGGCUCCCUGCUCGGCAGGGAGCCUGCUUCCUCCUCCCUCUCUGCCUGCUUCUCUGCCUAUUUGUGAUCUCCCCCUCUCUCUCUGUUAAAUAAAUAAAUAAAUUUAAAAAAGAAAGAAAGAAAGAAAGAAAAAUGAAUGUUCACAUUCUGUUUUAGUCACUGGAAGUGGACAUACGGGUUUGGAGCUCUCAAAAUUAGAUUUCCAGGCUCUUCAGCACUGCUUUGUUAAGUAGCUCACUGACCCACCUACACAGAUUAGCAGUUGCAAGUUUGUAGAAAUCAGCUCAAAUAUGACCAGCUUUGGAAAAGGAAUUUUCUAUACGUACAGCAUGUUGUACUAUGUGAACUUGAAAUGAUAUAACUGACACUAUUAUGAUAAUAAGAUGGAGGUAUGUAAGGAAUUCUCAAAUGCUUUAUGGACUUACUCAAAUAUAUGAUUAGUCAAUUGAUUUGAUUUAUAUAGUUUUAGACCUUGUCAUAGUUAAGUUUUCCUUCUUUGUUGGAAAACCCUUAAUCCUCACGUUCUUAGCAGCUUUUCUCAUUUACUUGUAAAGAUUAAUAAAUUCCAAUUAAAAUUCACUCAGCUUUUUCAGUAGUUAAAGAGUAUUUGGUAACUCAGUAGCUACCCAAAACAUUAGCUCAACACAAAACCAAUUUAUAACUUAUCUUUAAAAUGUUUAAAGUACUAUCUAGAGCAUUUCUUUUGCAUGUUAUAUUAUUUGUAACUGGAGAAUUGUAAAGUGAUUGGUAAGUUGUGUGCUUACUUAGCUGAAAGAAAGCUAAAUAAAUAUGGAAAAAUACUGUGUCAA